ACAGGUUCCAGACUGUCGCAGCUUUUUAUGAUGUAGCUGCGUUCAAUUCUGCGAAUUCUCAUAGCUGUGUUCAUGCUUGUCUAUUUUCACCACAGGAUUAAACAGCGGUAAGUGAUUACGCAGGUGUCAGGGAGAAAGAAGCUGCUAAAGAUCUCUUUUCUCUAAAAGUCUGUGAAGUGUGUUGACUGAGAAGUUGGUUGGAAUCAGAGCCCACAUCAGAUUGAUGGGAUGAGGCGACUCCGGGGCUUUGAAGCUGGGCUCCAGUUUAUCUUCUUUUCUAUUGCCUUUAGCCUACAUGUACCUCCUGAAGUGGAGCAGCCGCCAACAAUCACAGCUCAAUCUGAAAGAUCUGUUGUUGCUUUUGUGUUUGAUGCUAAUUUCACAUUGACAUGUGAAGCUACGGGGAAUCCGAAACCAGCGUUUUACUGGACUAAAGAUGGCCUUGACUUUAACCCACAUAAUGACGUUCGACUCAAAACCUUUGAAAACAGUGGAAGUUUUGUCAUUCCAUACAACAAAUACCUUGUAGAAUAUCAGGGUACAUACAGAUGCUAUGCAUCCAAUAAACUGGGAGUAUCAAUGUCAGAGGAAAUCAAUUUUAUUGUACCUUCUUCACCAAAGUUUCCAAAAGAAAAUAUACAAGCACUAGUGGUAAAUGAAGGAGAUCCAGUGGUCCUGGAAUGCAACCCACCACAAGGCAUUCCACCUCGCCAUCUCUACUGGAUGACUAUGGGUCUUGAACACAUUGAACAGGAUGAUCGAGUGUCCAUGGGAUCGAAUGGGAACCUGUAUUUUUCAAACGUAUUGGGUAAAGACAGCCGUAGUGACUACUGCUGUUUUGCUUCAUUCCCAAGUAUUCGCACCAUCGUACAGAAAACCGCCAUGACUAUUGAGGUCAUAUCAUCAAACCCAAAUGGUGAAACAGAUGUCGCAAUUUCUGAGAGAAAACCGAGUCUUCUGGUGCCCCCUGGUGAUCUGUCCCAAACAUAUCUGGUGCAAGGACAGGAUCUUGAGAUUGAGUGCAUUGCACAGGGAUUCCCCACACCAAUAAUAGAAUGGACCAAGACGGGAGAAAAGUUGCCAAAACGCACCAAUAUCAAGAACCAUGGAAAACUGUUGAUUAUAACAAAUGUCACUGAAGCAGACAGUGGAAGAUAUAAGUGCAAGGCGAAAAAUUCUGCUGGUGAAGCAGUUCAUUCCUUUGACAUUACAGUAGAAGAGCCACCACAUUGGGUGCAAGAGCCAAUAAAAAGUAUGGUAGUGGCAAUUGGAUCAGAAGUAAACAUAAAAUGCCAUGCUUCCGGAAAGCCACCACCGACAAUCACCUGGAUGAGGAAUGGUGAACCUCUCCAAGCACUGCCCUCAUCCAAUAUCAGCGUGCUACAUAACAGAUUAAUUCUGUACAACACCCAAGAAAAUAACAGUGCGGUGUAUCAGUGUCAGGCCUCCAACAGACAUGGCACUUUGCUGAACAAUGCAAACAUCAUGGUUAUGAAUCUUCCUCCACUGAUCUUGACACAAAAUGAUCUAAAGUAUGGGGCCGUGUGUGGGAAAAGUGUCACCCUGGACUGCAAAGUGUUUAGUUCUCCACCUUCUGAUAUCCACUGGAGAAAAGAAGGCCUUGAAGGUUCUGUGGUAGGAAACCGUUUCUUUCUUCAUAAAAAUGGUUCCCUGCAGAUUCACAAAACUGAGGUAGAAGACACCGGAAUAUAUAUUUGUUUUGUUAACAACUCAGAGGGCAACUCCAGCAUUAAUGCAAAACUUCAUAUAAAAGACCCAACCAAAAUCGUGACCCCUCCUCAAGAUAUAAAAAUCAAGAGAGGGACAUUGGCAGAGCUUCUGUGCGAGGUGCAAUAUGAUCAGUCAUUCACUGAUGAGCUGGAAAUUGUCUGGCAGAAGGAUGGAAAGGAGAUAAAUUCCAACUACACUGAGGUCUCAAGAUUCUACACAGAUAAGGGAAUAUUGCAGAUAAACAAUGUGAGACACACAGACAAAGGGAUGUACACAUGUAUUGCUAGGACGUCUCUUGACCAAGAUACAGCAUCUGCAUAUGUAACUGUGCUAGAUGUCCCUGGCCCGACAGUAAAGUUAACAUUAACAGAUCUGCGACCUCGUAGUGUGAAGCUUCAUUGGAUGCCUACCGAGGACAAUAACAGUCCCAUAACAGAGUACAUCAUUGAAUUUGAGGAGAACCACUGGGAGCCAGGAGAGUGGAUUCCACUUCUGCGAGUAUCUGGCCAAAAGAACUCUGCUCCACUCUCAUUAUAUGGACAUAUUAACUACCAGUUCAGAGUCAGUGCUGUCAAUGCCAUUGGCAAAGGUAGUCCCAGCAAACCUUCUGAGAGAUAUAAAACUCCUCCUGCUGCCCCAGAUAGGAAUCCGGAAAAUAUAACGAUUAUUGGUCGUUCACCUCAUCAGAUGGACAUUACUUGGGAGCCUUUGAAGCCUAUUGAACACAAUGGACCUGGCCUAGAGUACAAGCUUAGCUACAGGAAGAUGGGUGUUGAGGAAAGCUGGACAGAGGAGAAAAUCAAGAGGCAUUCCUUUAUUGUGAAAGACACCCCGACAUAUAUUCCUUAUGAGGUUAAGAUCCAGGCCUACAAUAAUUAUGGUUCGGCAAUGGAACCCAAUGUGGUGACUGGAUUUUCUGGAGAAGACUUGCCAGUUGCAGCUCCUGAGAAUGUAACGUUACAGGUGAUUAACUCCAUGCUGCUGAAUGUCAGCUGGUCUCCUGUCCAACAGGACCAGCUCAGGGGCCAUCUUGAAGGUUACAAUGUGCAUUUGUGGAGAACAAAAAGCCUGUUGACUUCUACAGAAAUUCAUGCUGAGAAGCAGUUUCUGAUCCUUCCAGGCUAUCACGUGGGCACCAUAGUGCCUGGGCUGAAACCUUUCUCCCAAUAUCACCUCAUUGUCAGUGUCUUUAACAGGAAGGGCAAUGGUCCCAGCAGCAAGCCGAUCACCUUCACAACACCGCAGGGAGUUCCUGAAAUGCCUCCUAUACUCAGAGCCACAAACCCUCAGGAUAACUCCAUCACACUGGUGUGGGCUCCACCACUUGAGGCCAAUGGUGUUCUCACAGGAUACAAGCUGCAGUACCAGAUAUAUAAUGGUACAAUGGAUACUGGUGAAGUAUACAGAGUUAACAUCAGUGGACCAGAGACAACACAAUGGGUUCUACAUGAUCUGGAGACAGCUAGCUACUACAAGUUCAAUCUGAGUGCUUGUACACUUGUGGGCUGUGGACCAGCUAUCAGUGAAGAGAGUUCCACUGCUACUUCAGCACGUGCAACAGGUGCAUAUGGGAGUAUUUCUACCAACAGCUGGUUUAUUGGAAUCAUGUGUGCUGUGGCACUGCUCACACUGGUAGCACUAAUUGCCUGCUUUGUGACCAAGAACAAAGGUGGAAUGUAUUCAGUGAAAGAAAAGGAAGACAUGCGACCACAUCUAGAGCCUAGAGGAAUGAAUGAUGAGACUUCUUGUGAAUACAGCAAAUCUUACAAUCAUGGAAUUUAUUUGGAUCCACACAGAAAGCAUUGCAAGUGAAGCAGUAUGUUGUGUAAAACAGUGAACUUGUGUGUGUGUGUGUGCGUGCGCGCCCGCAUGUUUGUACUGUAGAUCUAGAAAGAUUCUAUGCCUUUUUGGAAAAUAUUAUAUGCUGAAUGAAAUUAAGAGAAUAAUACAGUAAGCAUACAGCAAUAUGAAUUUUCUUUGUGUUGGGUAUUCACAAAUUUGUGUGAGCUACUGAGCUCAGAGAUAAUUCUAGUUGCUUAAAUGCAGCACUUCAUUCACUUUACUCUAAGGAACACUCCAUCAUAGCCAUCCUGGUAUAACAUUAACUUCAGUAAAACUUGUGGGGUAUGAAUCAUCCAGUUACGAAGUAUAUGUGAUUGUGAAUCAGUUUCACCUGUUUUGGUGCAAAUAAAAGUGAUAGGUACUGUAGAGGCACCAGCCACAGGUGGUGGCCACAGACAGUUACUCUCAACAUGGUGGAAAUCUGUAAAUCUGCUUAUUAAAUCACAGCUCAUUGUGCAGACCAUCAGGGCAGACUCAUUUGUGGCAGUGGGUGAGGCAGAGCCCCACCAAUGUUAAUCUUAAUAAAAUCUUUUUUUGGUAGCCUUUCUAGAUGUUGUAUAAUCACAAUGUUCACUGCCCCACUCAGCACCACAGAGUUAACAUUUCAAUAUACUCGCAAAUGCUAAUCAAGACCAGUGGGGCAGAACUCAUACUGACCCAUACUGCCGUCUGUGCUACAGACAGCAUUUGAUCUAUAAGCAACUAAAAUCAUCAGCUAAAGUUGCCAAUGACACAAAUUAAGAUUAUUGAGACCAUACAUCUGAAAUUGAGACAUUCUCUUAUGUCCACUCUUAGGUACAUGUUUAUUAAAAAUAGUUCUUCUGAAAUUUAGCAGUUUGAUUUAGUUUAAACAUAUUCCAAUCUACAGUAACUGGUUCAACUGGCUGCAGCAGUCAAGUUAGCUAUUAAACUAGUCAGUAUUAAAUAUGUUUUUCUGUGUGUAAUACACCAAUAAUAAUAGAUAACAUGUUAUAUACAAAAUAUGAAUUAAACAAUUUUGUUUAUAUUGUUUUUUUGUUUGAAAAUGGCUGUGCAACACUACCAGUUUUCAUCUCAACAGUUUUACCUCAGCUUUGGAAUAAUCUGUAUUAGCAAUUGAAUUAGCUUCAGGUGUGAGGUUUCAAGGUGAAUUUUGACCUCUACUUACAGCACCAACAGUGCUGUUAUAUGAUGGUUUUAUUUAGGGUCUAACACAAUGCCACUAUCUUUAUCUACUGUAUAUUUCAUUCCUGUUCAAAAUACAUGUAUCUGUAUUCAGAUUUAAAUGGGCAAGGUCUAUAUUGUAAGUGUUUUUAAUGUGGACCGUACCACUACUGUAUGUCCCAGGAAACACCAAGAAAAAUAUUUUUCAUUCAAAAAUACAGUAACAAUUAGCAUUUUGCAGAGAAUAACUGUAUAGAACGUAACCAAUUAUAUGUACUCUAUUAUUAGAGAUACUUGUAUUUUAUUUGAAAAUUUUUCAUAUCUUUUAUGUCUAGUGAAAUCUGUAUAUCUCCUGUAUAUAUGUAUAUAAUGUAUAUCUGUAUAUAAUGUGGUGGUUUUAUAUGUUGUGUAUAAACAAAUAUAAUUAGCAUUUCUUCACAGAUUUAGAAAAUUGUCAUAUUUCUUAAUAAUCUAAAUAAUCUAUUUAACAACACACACACAAACACCACCAACACCCACACCCCCCACCAAGACUAGCUGGAAAAUGAAUUUUUACAAAGCUCACAGACAGAUAUUUCGUUUUCACAGGACAGCAGUGAUGAUGUCAUAUUUUGAUCUUAUAGAAUAUGAUGUAUUGCUGUACAUUAAACUACUCAACAGUGUAUAAAAAAGUUCAAUUCAGCUCAAACUCUACCAGUAAUUUGGCACAUACAUAUUAUUGCAGCAGUAAUAUUAAUCCAAAAGCAUCAUAUGUAAUAGUAAAACACUGACAGGGGUUUCAUCAUUUCAAUGGACAUUGAGUAUAUAAUGUAUAUGCUUUUGAGACUUUAAGUACAUUUACAUUGACAUUUACAGUACUUGGCAGAAGCCUUUAUCUAGAGUGAUGUACAAAAGUGCUUUGCAGUCUCUAAUAAUGAAUACAUUAACACUGGUUCACGGUUUGCUGAUAAUACUACAGUAUGAUACUUUAAGUUAAGUAAGGUUUUGAAUGCAGGAAUUUUACUUGUAAUGGAGUAUUUUCAUAUUGUGUUAUUAUUACAUACUUAAGUAAACUAUCUCAAUACUCUGUCCACCACUUUUGGAGCUUUCUGUUUAGGACAACCUACUUUAAAUUCAGAGUGUAGUAUGUUUAAAUGUUCUGGUUGCAGUCUAAGAGUUGUUAUACUAAACUUUCUUGUAUUGUCUACAAUCACAAUAAAGGCCCUCUUACCUAUAAACUUAA